AUGUUCGUGGACGAGGGCCCGAGUGUGGAAUCUCGUGUGCUAAGUUUCGAGGAGUUUAGCAGCGAGUACAGUCCGAUGAGCCGUGAUCGUUAUCUACGUUCGAGCCGCUACUCACCUUCGUAUGGCAACGGUAACGAGCUCCAGCAGGACAGUGGAGAUUGGGAACGCUACUCGAGCGGAUCUACUCCAAAUUAUCCGCGACAAGAACUGCCCAAAAGCCGCCGGAAGUAUGGAACGUACGGGAAGAGUUCGCGAACUCGUGGUUAUAGCAAGAGCUCGAUGGAUGUGAAUGGGUUUGGUCGCAAGAAGACGAAUCGUGCGGCGAGGACAUACCCCAACGAAGGUGCGCCCUACGGAAAGACGACGUCAGUGACAUUCAAGGCGGUCGCACCGAAGCCAAACUGUGCACAGAACUUACUGAUCGGAUGUACGCCGACCGUAACCAGGCUUCCCUGUUCGGCGAGUCUACCGUUCGAGAGUUACAGUGCACCCCCCUACUAUCCACAUCCACCACCGAUGUAUCACCAUGCACCACCGCUAGCCCACUAUGGUCCGCCGCAUCCAGCAGCCUACCCUGGCUACUACCCGCCUCCCCCAAGCUACUAUCCACCACCACCACCAUCACCACCCCAAACAAAGCCAACCUCACCGGGGGCCUAUCCAAAGCCUUCCGAAGCUGGGCCCUCCUACAAAGUGGCCAAGGAGGAUGAAGAGGAAGCUGUUCCCGGUUUCGCGGCCCCGGUCCAGGAAGAGCUGGGCGAGUCGGCCAAGGUGCCAGUUAUCUCCGCCUUCAACAAACCAUCGUCGGAACCCUCGAUAGGAGCAGCGGCUCCGACGGCGGCAUCGACAACAGCCAGGGCAUUGGUAGGCACGCAGGCGGAGCCGGAAAAAACGACCAGCACGGCCAACCCGCUGCCAGUGCUGACGACGACAACCGAGGCGAACGAGGACAACGACGAAUUCUGGGCCGUCGAGUCGAACACGGAGAGUUCAACGGACGCCGCCGUCGAGGUGGCGACCGCGCGACGCUAA